AUGAACACACUCGUCUAUCGUGCGGAUCCUCCCCCUGAAGGGUGCACUGAAGUAGGACCCCCUGGGUGCGAAGUCGAAAACACAAUCUACGCCUACUAUCCGAGCCUCGGGGCCAACGCCUUCUUCGCUGCCUACUUCGGCCUCGCACUUGUCUUCCAAAUCUACUUUGGUAUCCGGUACAAGACAUGGACGUAUAUGAUUGCUCUGGGCUGCGGUUGUCUUGCAGAGUGUAUUGGAUACAUUGGACGAAUACUCCUCCACGAAAACCCCUGGAAUGAUGUAGGGUUCAAUAUUCAGAUUGUGUUGCUCAUCUUCGCACCAGCAUUCCUAGCAGCAGGCAUUUACCUGACGCUCAAGCACGUCGUCAUUCAAUUCGGUCAAGAAUGGUCAAGGCUGAGGCCAAGUUGGUACACAUACAUCUUCAUCGCUGCCGAUCUUCUAUCUUUGGUCCUUCAAAGUGCCGGUGGUGCUCUUGCGGCGACGGCAGAAGAUGGUGAUGACAUUUUGGACAUCGGAACGAACAUCAUGAUUGCCGGCAUCAUCUGGCAGGUUGUUGCGCUCGCCCUCUUCGGUCUUCUCGUUCUCGAAUACAGCAUCCGUACCUACCGCCACCGCGAUCGCCUCUCCCCAUCAGCCAUCGCACUCUGGGAGAAUCGACGCUUCAAACUAUUCUGCGGCGCUGUGAUAGUCGCCUAUGUUACCAUCUUAGUCCGAUGCGUGUAUCGUAUUCCCGAGCUACUAGGCGGCUGGGGCGGCAAACUCAUGCAGGAGGAGCUGGAAUUCAUCAUCUUGGAGGGUGUGAUGAUUGCAAUCACAGUGCUAGCACAGACGGUAUUCCAUCCUGGACUGUGCUUCCCUCCCCUUGGGAAUACCUUCGGAAAGAAGAAGCACGCCGACAUGAACACGCUGGAGUCAGGCACUGCGAUGUCGGAACAAGAACGCAUCCGCAAUUAG